UUAAUCAGAGCCUAACUUCCCUUCACCUCAUUGCUGUGAGGAGUUUAAUCAACUUACUUUCAUAUUAUGUCCAGAUAUGGCGACUUACAUUCUGUUUUGUAUUUUUUUCCAGUUCCAAAACAGGUUUAUGGGCUCAUAUUCAGAAGAUAUGGCAUUCAGCUUGUCUCAAAUUCAGAUACAGGAUCUAGGGAUAACUGCUGAUACACCAAAUAUCCACCCAAGGCAACCCAUGCAGGAAACCCCUGACAACAUGCCAGCAAAUCAUGGUAACAUGCAAGGAGUUCAUGACAAUAUGCAAGGAAUUCAUGGCAAUUUGCAAACAAUUCAUGGCAAUGUACAAGCCAUCCAUGGCCAUAUGGAAGCAAUACAUGCAUACAACUGGCAUAUGCAUCUAUUUGAUGGAACGGGAGGUGAAGAACUGUAAAAGAUCCUGCCUCAUCAAAGACUGUUGCAUGAUAACUUGCAAGACACUCAGGUUAGCAAAUAGAGUG